AGUUCGCGCCCCGCGGCCGCCCCGCCCCGCUCCGGUGGGCGGGAGGACCCGAGGGAGCUGCGGGUGUAGCCCGAGGAGAGCGUCAGGGGGAGCUGGGUGCCCGUCCCGCUCGCCUCCCGAUUCGCGUGGCCGCCGGCCGCCUCCCGCGCCUAGGGUCUGGGACGCGCCCGAACCCGCCGCCUCCGAGCCUGGGGCGGCGCCGCGCGGCCACGAGCGCCCUGGGAAGCUGCGGCGCGAGUCUGCGGGGCGGACCUGGGGCCGGGCGCGGCUCGGCGGGAGCGUCUGCAGAGCGGGGAGGAGAGGUUGGGGCUUCUCCCUGACACGCGGGGGCUGCCGGUGCGUGAGGAAGAGAGCGGAGAGACCGGAGAGGGGACACAGCAGCGUCGGAGCCGCGCAGGGGACCCGGAGUGAGGGCAGGAGCGACGCUGAGCGGCCGUCGCCGUCCCCGGGUCUCGGGGCGCCUGGCCGAAGCGAGCAUGGCUUCGGUGGCCUGGGCCGUCCUCAGGGUGCUGCUCCUUCUCCCCACUCAGACUUGGAGCCCCGUAGGAGCAGGAAAUCCACGUGACUGUGAUGCUCCGCUGGCCUCUGCCUUGCCUAGGUCAUCCUUCAGCAGCUCCUCAGAGCUGUCCAGCAGCCAUGGCCCUGGGUUUUCGAGGCUUAAUCGAAGAGAUGGAGCUGGUGGCUGGACCCCACUUGUGUCAAAUAAAUACCAAUGGCUGCAAAUUGACCUUGGUGAGAGAAUGGAGGUCACUGCCGUGGCCACUCAAGGAGGAUAUGGGAGCUCUGACUGGGUGACCAGCUACCUCCUGAUGUUCAGUGAUGGUGGGAGGAACUGGAAGCAGUAUCGCCGGGAAGAAAGCAUCUGGGGUUUUCCAGGAAACACAAAUGCAGACAGUGUGGUGCACUACAGACUCCAGCCUCCCUUUGAAGCCAGGUUCCUGCGCUUUCUCCCUUUAGCCUGGAACCCCAGGGGCAGGAUUGGGAUGCGGAUCGAAGUGUAUGGAUGUGCAUAUAGUAAGUGGCCUUUACUCCCUGUGUGAAAUUCAAGGUCAGCAUGAGAUUCU